CGUAGAGUCUUGUUUGUUGGUCGCUAUGGGUAGUGUGGCAAGAGACACUUUCGUUGUGCUGCUACUGCUCCUGGCUACUGGUUCUUUGGCCUCUCAUUUCCGGUUUGGGAUCAUCACUUGGAAGCCAGACACGAGUGUUACAAACAAGGUGGACUUUCAAUUCAAGCUAGCGUGGAGACGAUCGGCCGGUUCUUUUUACUGCGAUGAUAGCACAAUUAGCAGCAACAAACUUAUUGGCGGUGGUAACUGGAAUUGUGCGUCUGGGUGUUCAGGAACAGUUAGCUCAGCUUCAUAUUACUGCACCUCCUACAGUGUAUCUGAGGACUGGAGUCAAGGGGAACGAACAUUUUCGUACACAUUUUCUGGUAGUGGGCCGUUUACUGUAAGAUUUUCCAGUUGCUGUUGGAUACGUCUUCUAUCUGGAGGAAGCAGCUGGUCAGUUCAAACCGAGAUCGAUCUUCGACGUCGUAGCGACAACGGAAAAAUCAAUUCUUCUCCCAUCUCUGCUACGUCAGCCAUUAUACGGUUACAGAAUGGAUGUUCAUACAACAUUCCUAUACACACAGAUGAUCCAGACGGUGAUACUGUGAAGUGUCGUUGGGCUAGUGGAUCUUCAGAAUGUGGUGGUGUAUGUAAUGCAGUGAGCGGUGCUACACUAACAUCAAAUCCGUGUACUAUUCAUUAUACUCCCAACAGUAACGGUUGGCUUGCCGUUGCACUGACUCUUGAAGACUUUGCAUCGUCAUCGUCGUCAACUCCAUUGAGUAAAGUUCCUCUACAGUUUCUAUUUAACGUCGCCAGUAGAGGUACGAGUUGUGGUGCUGGCGUCAAGUUCGCUUCUUCCACGCUUGCCGAUAACGUUUGCAUUCCCGUGGCUCCUGGACGAACAUUUACUACAAGAAUUUAUGUAACAGAACAAGGAUCUGCACGCCUAAACGAAGUGACUAUUGUUGCUCCUCAAGGAAUGAGCAAAUCGUCCACUAGAGGAACAUCUCCUAACAAAUACGUCGACAUCACGUGGAAACCAACAACACAACAGUAUGGAUCACAUGUAUUCUGUUUCACGGCAAUAGACAAUCUGGGGAUUGCCACCAGUCAGCGCUGUAUUACCAUCUUGGCUGGAUCCUCCAUACCUACGAUCGUUUCAAGCAGUCUGGUGCCUAAGAACGGCGCAGUUAUUUCACUUGUAACACGGAAAUUUGUUGUGGAUUUCGAUCAGACGGUUAAUUAA